AUGAGAGUUAGUAGAUUUGUGAAUCUCUCUCUGCUACUAGCAGCUCUAGUUUCAUCACUGUGCGAGUCUCAGAAAAACUUUGCAUGUGAUAAAAAUGCCCCUGCGACGGCUAAGUACGGUUUCUGUAACGUCUCAUUGUCGUAUGAAGCACGUGCCAAAGAUUUGGUCUUACGUCUCUCCCUCAACGAAAAAGUCCAGCAACUCGUAAACAAAGCCACAGGAGUCCCAAGGCUCGGUGUUCCUCCGUACGAGUGGUGGUCGGAAGCUCUCCACGGCGUCUCCAAUGUUGGACCAGGGGUGCGUUUCAACGGGACGGUGCCUGGCGCGACUAGUUUCCCGGCGACGAUAUUAACGGCAGCGAGCUUUAACACAUCGUUGUGGCUAAAAAUGGGAGAAGUGGUUUCUACAGAGGCUCGAGCAAUGCACAAUGUAGGACUCGCUGGCCUAACCUAUUGGAGUCCCAAUGUUAACAUCUUUAGAGAUCCAAGAUGGGGUCGUGGCCAAGAGACGCCAGGGGAGGAUCCUCUCGUUGUCUCAAAAUACGCUGUGAAUUACGUUAAGGGCUUACAAGACGUUCAUGAGGCCGGAAAAUCACGGCGACUUAAGGUCUCUAGCUGCUGCAAGCAUUACACUGCUUACGAUCUUGAUAACUGGAAAGGCAUCGAUAGAUUCCAUUUUGACGCCAAGGUAACUAAUCAAGACUUGGAAGACACGUAUCAGCCGCCAUUUAAGAGCUGUGUAGAGGAAGGAGAUGUGAGCAGUGUGAUGUGUUCCUACAACAGAGUUAACGGUAUCCCAACUUGUGCAGAUCCUAAUCUUCUUCGUGGAGUUAUCAGAGGCAAAUGGCGUCUUGACGGGUACAUCGUUUCGGAUUGUGAUUCCAUCCAGGUCUAUUUCGACGACAUUCAUUACACCAAGACACGUGAAGACGCAGUUGCUAUCGCUCUCAAAGCAGGUUUGAAUAUGAACUGUGGAGAUUUUCUAGGUAAGUACACAGAGAAUGCAGUGAAGCUUAAGAAGCUGAACGGAUCAGAGGUUGAUGAAGCGCUGAUUUACAACUACAUUGUUCUCAUGAGGCUCGGAUUCUUUGAUGGAGAUCCGAAAUCGCUGCCCUUUGGUCAUCUUGGACCGUCUGAUGUUUGCAGCAAGGACCAUCAAAUGCUUGCGCUGGAAGCCGCAAAGCAGGGGAUUGUACUACUUGAGAACAGAGGAGAUCUUCCGUUAUCAAAGAACGAGGUUAAAAAAUUAGCCGUUAUAGGUCCAAACGCAAAUGCUACAAAGGUAAUGAUUAGUAAUUACGCGGGUUUGCCUUGUAAGUACACAAGCCCUCUACAAGGGCUGCAAAAGUAUGUUCCGGAAAAGGUUGUUUAUGAGCCUGGAUGUAAAGAUGUCAAAUGUGGUGACCAAACACUGAUUUCAGCAGCGGUCAAGGCGGUUUCAGAGGCUGAUGUGACUGUUUUGGUGGUUGGAUUGGAUCAGACGGUAGGCAGGGUUAACCUAACCCUUCCGGGUUAUCAAGAAAAGCUGGUAAGAGAUGUGGCUAAUGCUGCAAAGAAAACAGUUAUUUUGGUCAUAAUGUCGGCUGGACCUAUUGAUAUCUCAUUCGCCAAGAAUCUGAGCAAGAUUUGCGCGGUAUUAUGGGUCGGAUAUCCUGGUGAAGCUGGAGGAGACGCUAUAGCUCAAGUCAUCUUUGGUGACUACAAUCCUUCUGGGAGACUACCAGAGACAUGGUACCCACAAGAGUAUGCAAAUAAGGUUGCAAUGACGGACAUGAACAUGAGACCUAACUCAACCUCUGGUUUCCCCGGAAGAUCUUACCGAUUCUAUACAGGGAAACCGAUUUACAAAUUUGGAUACGGACUUAGCUACUCUUCUUUCUCCACUUUCGUUCUCUCAGCUCCAUCGAUCAUACACAUUAAAACCAAUCCAAUCUUGAACCUCAACAAGACAACAUCUGUCGAUAUCUCCACCGUAAACUGCCACGAUCUCAAGAUCCGGAUUGAUGUCGGAGUCAAGAACCACGGGCUACGGUCUGGAAGCCACGUGGUGCUCGUGUUCUGGAAACCGCCAAAGUGUUCAAAGUCUCUAGUAGGUGGUGGCGUGCCACAGAAGCAACUGGUAGGGUUUGAGAGAGUAGAAGUUGAAACAAGCAUGACAGAGAAAGUUACCAUUGAGUUUGAUGUCUGCAAAGGACUUAGCCUUGUAGAUACUCACGGUAAAAGGAAACUAGUCACAGGACACCACACGCUUGUUAUAGGUUCCAAAAGUGAUCAACAAAUCUAUCAUCAUCUCAACGUCAGACUGGCGGGAGAUUCAACGAAACAGAGAAUAUUAAUGGAGGGGCUAAUUCCAUAUCUGAUUCAUGCUAUCAAGAAAGACCAUAACCGUGAUCAUCAGAUGUAUCGAUCGAUGUCUGUUGGAUCGAGCCGAAGCUAUCGACCAUUAAUGAUGGGACAAGAAGGUUCUUCUUCAGCACAGGGUUCUUCUCACCGUCGAACUAGAUCGGAGUACAACCCACCUGUUAUAAUGGAUAUGUUUGAUCAGAGAUCAUCAGGUUUUGGUCAAAAAAUUGUGGAUAAAGAUUCUUCUUUUCCAAAUAUAGCAACAAAGACUUAGCUUGCAGGAGGGUUCGAGCUUGAUUUUAUGUAAGAAAGUACAAUUUAUAACUCUGAUUUUAUAUUCAAACUAUUUAAUUUGUAAUAAAUUUGAUACCUACCAAUGAAAUUAAUUAAUUUGUGUUUUUA